GUCAUGUGACUCCAAGAUGGCCGCCCGGCGGCGGCUGGGAGGCUGAGGCGGCGGCGGCGGUUCCGGCGGGCCAGGCCGCGAUCGACGUUUCCCGGCCAGGAUGAUCGGCGCGCCCGACGUGGUGGCCUUCGCCAAGGAGGAGGCGGCGGCCGAGGAGGCGGCGGCGGCGGCGCGCGAGCCGGGCCUGCCCGAGGAGUACUCGGUGCCGCUGCUGCCCGCGCCAGGCCGCGGCGCCCACCCGUGGUCCCGGCGAGGCGGCUUGGGGGGCGGCUCGGGGGCCUCUCCGCCGCCGUUCCCGCGCGACUUCCUGCUGGUGGCCGAGUUCUCGGAGCAGGUGGGCCCGCAGCCGCUGCUGACGGUGCCGGCCGGGGAGGCUCCGGGCGGCUUCGACCUGAACUACUUCGCGCUGCGCAUCAUGUCGGUGGACUACCAGGCCUGCGCGGCGGGGGCGGCCCCGGGAGGCCCCUACCCGCGCCUGCGCUUCGCCAGGGACUCGCAGGUGGUGCUGGGCGACUCCAAGGCGGGUGCCUUCGCCUAUGUGCACCACCUGACGCUCUACGACCUGGAGGCUCGCGGCUUUGUGCGGCCCUUCUGCCUGGCCUACGUCUCAGCUGACGAGCGCAAGGUCAUGCGCCUCUUCCCAGAGCUCUCGGCCCAGUUCUCGGGCGCCUCAGAGGGCCUGAAGGACGGCAACCGCAGGGCCUUUGCCCGCGAGCUGGAGAAGAAGCUGCAUGACCUGGACUACACCCGGGCCGUGCUGCACCGUGAGACCGAGCUGCAGAAGCGCAGCCUGGCCAAAGGAUGCUACUCCAGCCGAGCCAUCGAGAAGGCCAACGAGCUGGCCAGUGUGGAAAAGGCCAUCAUUGAGCACCGCGACCUGCUCCGGCAGAUCCGAUCCUAUCCGCCCGGCAGACGGAAGCAGGCCAGCGGGCCUCCCUGCGAGCCGACCGGAGAAGACGCCCAGCCGGAGUUACCCGUUGAUGAUACGUUGCCACCACCCUGUGUCCAGGGCUCCUCCUACACCCCAAAGCUCAUCCCGGCCAAGUCCAGCAAAUGCUUUGACAAGAAGCUGAAAACCCUCCAGGAACUCUGUGAGGAACAGUCCUUUAGCCAGACCCUCGACCGGUUGCACCGGAUCGAGAAGAUGUUCCGGGGUGACGUCUGCUACCUCCUGAUCAACCGCAUCAGCAGAGCCCUCCUGAAGCAGCAGGCGUUUGCUGGCUUCCUUUUCGAAGACGUGUCUCUUCUGGACGAGGAGCAGCAGGAAAAGCCCUUUGAAGUCGGUCCGGGUCAGAACCUGGACCCUCCCAACGUGGCUUGUUUGGAAAGCUGCCCGAGUCCUGAGAUACUAGUCGAUCUUGCCUCUUACAAAUCCAGUGUGGAGUCUGUGCUGAUUAAGAUGGACCCAGAGGUUGAAGAUGGCCCAGACCCAGAGGUCUCCCACCCUCUCCCUUAUGACAACGUCGAACUUCUAGAUGUCGACCUGAAAGGGAGCGUCAGCAGCGGCGAAAGCAUUGAAGUUUUGGGAACGGAGAAAUCGGCCACAACUUCUGUCCACUCUGAAAGUCAGUCUGGCUUGCUACAAGCGCCCCCCAGCCCCCCCGUGGUGAGGGACAAAGUCACCAGCAAUAGGACCAUAAGCGGGGACAGCAUCGAAGUCCUCAGUACCUGCCCCUCGGAGGCCCUGAUCCCAGACGAUUUUAAAGCGAGCUACCCAAGUGCCAUUAAUGAAGAUCCUUACGGUGGCGAAGAAGAGGAAGGUUUCCUGUUCAACCGUGAGUUAAAUCUGGAUAGCACCGAAGAGGAGGUGGAAGGCAGCCCUGCGCCUGAAGCCCCUCCGGGGGAUGCUUCUUGCUGCAUUGGCAAAGAGAGCCCCAACUUCCUUGAGGGUCAAGCCAAUGUGCCUCCCAGACACGUUGAUGACGACGGCGUGGUCAGCAUCCCCCCCCAGCCAUACAGGCCAGGUGACGCAGGGUUUCAGGUGAACUUCACAGACUGCUCCCACGAUGGGGUCCUGGGAGGCCUCCUUGCCUAUGAACUUGAUCCUCAUUACCUCUCUGACGGCCGAGAAACUAGUAAAAUGAACCUGGAUAAGUGCUCGGAUUCCACAAGUUACAUGAGCAGCGCGGCGUCCAGCAACUCCGACAGAACCCCAUCCCCUGCUGCUCUCACAGGAGAAAAGUCCAAGAAGGCUGGGCAGAGCGCCUUGCGCUUCAUCCGGCAGUACCCCUUCGCCCACCCCGCUAUCUACUCUCUGCUGAGCGGGAGGACUCUGGUAGUGCUGGGGGAAGACAAGGCCACCGUGGAGAAGCUCAUCACCGCCCUCUCCAUUUUUGUCCCCAAUUCCGGCGCGUAUGCCAAGCCCGUGAAGCACUGGGCCACCUCGCCUUUGCAGAUCACGGACUUUCAGAAGUGGAAGCUGGUGGGGCUCCAGAGAUCAACCUCUCCAGGUGGCCCCAACAUGAUGCAUUCUCUCAGCCGAUACAGCCGAUACAUCAGCGUGCUGGACGCCGACCACAAGACCCUCCGCUGUCCGCAGUACCGAGGGCACCUGAUCCUCCGGCUGGCUGACCACCGCACCCAGAUCAAGCGGGGGAGCACCUACCACGUGCACGUCCAGACCCUCCUCACCCAGCUCUGCUCCAAGGCCUUCCUCUACGCUUUCUGCCAUCACCUGCACCUCCCCAUCCGAGAGGGAGAGACGGAGGACUCUGUCACUGUGCGGCGGGAGAACUUUUUGAAAGUCCAGCUGGGUCUGGCAAACGAGGACCGCAGAGUGGUCCAGUAUCUGGCCGAGCUUCUGAAAUUGCAGUACAUUCAGGAUCCCAUCCGCGGGGUUAGCCCCGUGCUCAGGUUUGAUUACCUGCCCAGCUCUUUGUACAAAAUUUAGGCGGCAUCCGUAGCCUGCCCUGCCAAUGUCCCUCCUCAUCCCACAUUCGUCUAUGGCCAUUAACAGGCUUCCACGGUUCCAGGACCGUCCCGUGGGAAUCCUGAGAGCGAUAGAGCAUUACAGUGAGACUCCAGACAUUGGGCACCACUGCCAGGUUGCUCUUAAAAGGCAGAGGGGGCGUGAAUGUGGCGGGCAAUCAUGGAGUGGAGGAGGCUGGGAUACCGAAUGUGUGAGCAAGUUCUUCCUGUCGGGUCUUUUGCAGAUCGGUGGGAUAUCUCCAGUGCAUCUCCUUGCAUGUGGGAUAAUACUCCGACGAGUGUGAAUUGUUAUUUGGGCAAUUGUCUUGUCACAUUUGAAAUGAGAGGCCUUGUUGGUUUUAACUCCCCUUUUGGAGCAGAGGGCAGUGUUCAGGAACCGAAUAUAAAGUUUCUGAUUCGCUGAGGCUUUGGGGGUUGAAUUGCAGGUGAGGUGAAAUCUGCAUGGCGAAACGGGGAGUGGGGGUGGGGCGAUCUGAUUCAAAAGGGAAACUCGCUGUUGCGUUGCACUUCUGAACGAGGAGAGGGUUCAGCUCUAAAGUCUGUUGAGGUGGUCAGGUGUUGAGGAUGUGAAUGUGGGUGGCCCUUGGGUAACAACCUAACGUGGCUUGGUUUUUGGCCAGGACGGACCCUAAGAGUUGCUCAGACUGUCAGCUACAUUGUGUAGACCCUCUUGUGACAUUGAAACACUGCACUGUUUCCCAUAAUCCGACACCCAAGAGUUUUGAACCCCAAAUUGGCCGGACAGGUCAAGUUCCAGUGACCUGGCCAGCGUAGGCAUGGAUACACCCAGCCCCUCCAAAGAUAACAAUUCCUUUGCUCUAGAUAGUGGCUUAGAUCUUGGCUAAUAAAGGAAGCUGUUCAAGCAGACCUCAGUUUGGUGGCUAAGAAUGUUGUAGAUCGAGAUCUUCGUUGUUUGACCUUGAAAAUAUUCUAGCUUGUGCUGAAAACAUGCCAGUUUUUCCUUCUGUGGAAGGUCAGGAUUGCACAAGACCAAGCUUGAGAAAGCUUCUUGGAGUGCCCUUCGUUUACUCAUUUGGAAAAGAUUCCCAACCCAUCGAUUUCUUGUGCCUCCCAAUGAAAUACUGGGAGAGGGUUGGUUGUGUUGCCAAUUUCAUUGAUGUCAUCCAUACUGGUACAGCAACAAAGAAUUGUUGUAUUUCAACAAGACCAGGGAGCAGAUCUGGAAAUAAAACAUUCCAUUUCUGGGCAUAUUUAAGAAACCCUAAAACUUGUUUACUUGCAAUCCCCAAGAGUUGGCUGGCAAGUGUCAUCUAGUUCUUUAGGCACCAGUGUUUUCAGAGGGCUUCUUUGACUUUGGGGCAGUCUUUCUCAACCUUGGUCACUAUCAGAGGUGUGGCUUGCUGGCUGGGGAACUCUGGGAGUUGAAGUCCACACCUCUGAUAAUGGCCAAGGUUGAGGAACACGGCUUCAGGAGUGUAGCUUGGUAGCCGGGUGGCUCUGCCCUUCCAGGGCCAUCGUGCCUUUUGAGAGCAAUCUGGAGUCGCAAUGUAGUCUCUGCGACUAUACAUAGACCUUGCUUGAGUUGAUCUGGUGCUAGUGGCCUGCCCUUGUAGUAUCUGUAGACAUAGCACAGGCCUUCCGGGGCUCCCCCCCCCCAAGGACCUUUCCUCUUACUGCCAAUUCCUGCACCCUCUUUGUCACUCCCUGCUAACACCGUCACUUUCCAAGCAGCUUCUCUCAUCUCUGCAUGUUUGGUUUUCUGGUUUGGUCCCAGAGCUUUUGCAUAGGCGGCACUUAGGAGACCAUAAAAACUGGGACCCUUCAGAGAAAUCCAGGCAGCCUUCCCACAUUCAUGCUAUUAAGUCACAUCCUGAGCAAGAACUGGAUGAAAUAAUAUUCAACACCAAAUUACUGUGACUUGAAAAAAGAAGUGUAUAUUUAAAAAAGGAAAUUAUUUAUUUGGGCGCAAAUAUUUUUUGAAAUACAAAUAUAUAUCUAUAUCUAUA